AUGCCGCCGCGCAAGAAACAGAAGACCACUGCAACCACGUCGCAGGAACAACCACAGCCCACCCCUACCGUCCGCGAGAUAGAUUACGAUGCGAUAGUUGCAGAUCCAUGGACGGAUGAACAAGAAACAUCACUUCUUAAAGGAAUAAUACGUUGGAAACCCGUGGGGAUGCAUAAACACUUCCGUAUGCUUGCUAUAUCAGAUUAUAUGAAGAGUCAAGGGUAUGCGGCACCGAAUGAACAGCAUACACGAAUACCGGGCAUAUGGAAGAAACUAGGGACUUUGUAUAAUCUACCUGCACUAGAUGACAGAGAAGAGCCAAUAUCGACGGAGGAGUCAGAGGAUGUGGAGCAACCUCAAGAGCUUUAUUGUCCAUUUAGUUUACCCGCCGAUGAGUUCGGGGACAUGAUGUGGGAUCGAAGAAUAAAUCCGGAGGGCUCUGUUUCUCCAUCCGUUAGCGGGAGGGCCACGUCAAGACGGCCUAGCACCAUUGCAGAUACAGAUGAACUCCGUUCAUCUCCUGCACCAUCACGAGGCAGCCGGCGAGGAGGCCGGGUGAAGCGCCAACCUAGGGGAGGCACCCGCUCUUCACGGCUACAGGUAGAGGUAGAGUCUAACAGAGAUGCUACCAGUGAUAAAGGCAGUGUCAAUGAGGAAGACGGGGACGAAGAUGACACUGAGGCAGGUAGGGAUGGUAGUGAUGACGACGGUGAUGGAGACUCGAAGGUAGCAGAAUCUCCUGCCCCAAGAGCCACUAGGACACAAUCGACGCGUGGGAAGCCGAAGAAAGGAAGACCUGCGUCAAAGCGAGGCGGUAGACGACGGUGA